CUCCCGGCGCGGCGGCGGCGGCGGCGGCGGCGGCGGCAGGUGGCCGGGGCAUGCGGCGGCGGUAGGACGCGCGGCGGCGAUGGGCGGCCGGGGGCUGCCGGUGCCGCUGGUGCUGGGGCUGCCGCUGCUGCUGGGGCUGCCGGCGGCGGGGCGCGCCGCCUCCAAGGCGCUGGUGUGCCAGGAGAUCACGGUGCCGAUGUGCAAGGGCAUCGGCUACAACCUCACCUACAUGCCCAACCAGUUCAACCACGACACGCAGGACGAGGCCGGGCUGGAGGUGCACCAGUUCUGGCCGCUGGUGGAGAUCCAGUGCUCCCCGGACCUGCGCUUCUUCCUCUGCAGCAUGUACACCCCCAUCUGCCUGCCCGACUACACCAAGCCGCUGCCCCCCUGCCGCUCCGUCUGCGAGCGGGCCAAGGCCGGCUGCUCGCCCAUCAUGCAGCAGUACGGCUUCGCCUGGCCCGAGAGGAUGAGCUGCGACAGCCUGCCAGUGCUGGGGGACACCGAGGUGCUCUGCAUGGGAUACAACCGCACGGAAGCCACCACCGUGCCGCCUUUCUUUGGGAAGCCCACGCACCCGGCCAAGGACGCGGCCAAAAACCUGACGCCGCUCGAUGGGCAGCGCCCCUCGGGGAUGGACUGCGGCCGGACUUGCAAGUGCAAAGCACCCCUGAUCCCCAUCUCCAAGGAGUCCCAUCCACUGUACAACCGUAUCAGGACUGGGCAGGUACCCAACUGCGCCAUCCCCUGCUACCAGCCCUACUUCACCCAGGAUGAGAAGACCUUUGCCACCUUCUGGAUCGGCCUCUGGUCCAUCCUCUGCUUCCUUUCCACCUCCACCACCGUGGCCACCUUCCUCAUCGACAUGGAGCGCUUCAAGUACCCUGAGCGACCCAUCAUCUUCCUCUCUGCUUGCUACCUCUUCGUCUCCGUGGGCUACAUCGUGCGGCUGGUGGCAGGGCACGCCAACGUGGCUUGCAACCCGGAGCACCACCACAUCCACUAUGAGACCACGGGCCCAGCCCUCUGCACAGUGGUUUUCCUUCUCCUCUACUUCUUUGGCAUGGCCAGCUCCAUCUGGUGGGUCAUCCUGUCCCUCACCUGGUUCCUGGCAGCCGGCAUGAAGUGGGGCAACGAGGCCAUCGCUAGCUACGCGCAGUACUUCCACCUGGCUGCCUGGCUCAUCCCCAGUGCCAAAUCUAUCGCUGUACUGGCACUCAGCUCCGUGGACGGUGACCCGGUGGCCGGGGUUUGCUACGUGGGCAACCAGAGCCUGGAGAACCUGCGGGGCUUUGUGCUGGCACCGCUGGUGGUUUAUCUUUUCACCGGCAGCCUCUUCCUGCUGGCCGGCUUCGUCUCUCUCUUUCGCAUCCGCAGCGUGAUCAAGCAGGGCGGCACCAAGACUGACAAGCUGGAGAAGCUGAUGAUCCGCAUCGGCAUCUUCACCGUGCUCUACACUGUACCUGCCACCAUCGUCAUCGCCUGCUACAUCUAUGAGCAGCACAACCGGGAGGCAUGGGAGCGGGCGCAGAACUGCUCCUGCCCGGGGGACCCCCACCGCCCCAAGCCCGACUACGCUGUCUUCAUGCUUAAGUACUUCAUGUGCCUUGUGGUGGGCAUCACGUCCGGCGUCUGGAUCUGGUCCGGAAAGACACUUGAGUCCUGGAGGCGCUUCACGGCCCGCUGCUGCCAGGCCAGGAAGCCCGCGGGUGCCUCCGUGUACGGUGAGGCCAGCCCGGCGCUGGCAGGCAGGACGGUGCUGCCCAGCAUGGCCUCCUACCACAAGCAGGUCCCGCUGUCCCACGUGUGACCGGAGAGAGCCUCAGUGACCCCAGCCACAGGGAAGAGAGGGUUGCAAAGACCCUGGGCCACAGAAGAGGGGGUGGCAGCUGGGCCACCCCGGCAUCCUCAGCCCCACCGUGGCAGUGCUGCCCGGGACCGAGCGAGUGCGCCCGCAGGGCACGGAGCAGCCACGGCCCCAGGCAGGGCAGGGGGAGGUGUUGCCAGCGACAUGGGGGCAGAGGGACAGGGAGGCCUGGAGCCUGGCACCGUCAUGUAUGCCCCAUUUGGGGUCCCACGCCCUGUUUGGGGUCCUGGGGUGCUGCUGCCUGCGGGCCGGUCAGGUGGCAGGUGGCCCUCGAGCACUGAUUUGUGUCUCACAGUGAGCCUCUGGGCAGGUCUCGCUGGUGCUGGGGUGAAGGGGAGAGCUGCAGCAGGCAGGGCAGGUGGUGGCCCCCAACCCCGGGUGAUGCGCUGGCACCAGCACCGAGCCGCUCACCAGAACCCGGGGGGAUGCGAGGGGGCCGGGGAGAGCUGGCAGGGGGGACUGCCUCCCUGUUGUGCUGCACCCAGGUCCCCGGGCACAGCUCCGUGUUGCGGAGGAGGGGGCUGGGGGCCCCGGUGCGAUGUUGCCGCUGGCCCCGCUCGGGCAGCGGCACACUGGGCGGGAGGGAGGGAGCUGCACGGGCUGGGGGCUUUGCAGGCGGUGGCGGUGCAGGAGGAAGGGGCUGCAGGGAGGAACUGCCACCCAGCCCUUGAGGCGGGCAGGGAGAGGGUCCCAACUGUCUGCAGCGCAGGUGGGGACCAGGCGGUCCCAGAGGUCCCUUCUCCCUGGGGCAAGCGCCUGCAGGCUCUCCCUGGGCAGGGGGCUCAGGGCUGGGCAGGGACUGGUGCCGGUGGGGCUCAGCUCUGCAGCACUGACUCCUGGGUUCGACCUGCUGCUCUGCGGUGGGCAUCCAGCUCCACUCCAUGGAGCAACUCGCCCUGGAGAGCCAAGAGGCUGCACGGGUGACGAGGCUGCUAUCCCAGCACGGGGUUCGCAAGGAGCCCAGGGCACCGCUGGCCCUGGCACUGAGAGCAGCCUCCUCCUGAGCUGCCAUGUGCUCUGGGAAGGGGUCGAUGCUGCUCCGUGCCUCUCGCCUCUGCAGCGGGGUGAGUUUCUCGUGUCUGCCUGGUGCCGUGCAGGUUACCUGGGGUGAGGUAGGCAGCCCCAGCGCCCUGCCUGCCAGCUGUGGCACGCGGUGCAGCAGCUGAGCGUGGCACAACCAACCCUAAAAGGGUGGUUGUGAUUCUGCAGCAGGUAGUGUGUGCAUGGCGGGGAGGUUUCCAAGCCAGGCGGCAGUCUGUCUCUCCUGGGGAGCAGCUGGGUUUUCUAGCCAGCCAUCUUCAACACUUCCUGCUGCUUUUUUCAAAGCUGUGCCUCUGUUGGAGACAGUGCCGGGUUCGAGAGUGAGCAGUUAAUUUAGGAAAGCUCAGUAGAGCAUUUGUACUCUCUUUCCUCCAGCUUCCUAAGCGUUUUUCACUUCCCUAGGUCAGACAGCAGCAGAGCACUGACAGAACUGGUGCCUGGCAUUAAGUGGUGGUGACAGCUGGGUUUCGAUAAGUAGAGUGAUGGUGGGGGGGGCCUGGUUGUCAACUUCACUGAAUGCAGCGAGGGUGAGGGGCUUUGGCUGCGGCACGGGAUGGGGCACAGCUGGCGAGAGAUGGCUGCCUCUGGCUUCAGCCUGCUUGUGAAAGCACCCGAUUUUGUUUUUUUUCCCCGCUACCCUAAGUGGUGAUCAUGUAUGUAACUGCCCAGCCACUACUCGAGUCCUUUUUGCCCUCCUUCAAGCGUGGCACCGUGACCUGGCUGCUUGAGCGCCGGAGAACAACUGCUGGCUUUGCUCCUGUGGGACUGCAAGGAUCCGAGGUUGUUCUGAACGCCCUUGGACCACUUCAGUCAAGAAGGUUUCCACCUCAUUUUAAACCCAAAGCCUGAGAAGUGAGGGGAUGCUUGAGUGGCACAUCUACUGAUAAAGGUACUGCCAAGGUACUGCAUGAGUGUCUCUGGGGCAUUCUGGCCAGAGGGGCCAGCGGUGCAGGGAUGGAGGGCUCGGCAGGGACUGCUCAGCCGCUCAUAUCAGCACUCUCGUGACAGAGGGCUCGCUCCCUCCAGCAUGCUGCAGUACUUCACCGCGGACAGAAUUGUACCAUGUUGUGUUACAAACUGUAAAUAGUUGUAUUAUAGCCUGGUUCAUACAUACAGAAGCUGUAGUGACCUUUGAUAUGGGUUUGGGACAGGUGUGUUCUCACCAGCGAGGCAGGUCAGGCGCAGAGACACUGUGGGUAGUCUCGUGUUGUAAUCCAGGGCAUUAAAUGAUUCCAGCCUGCUCCAAUCCAUGCCUUGCUGGACUCCUCUCUUUCUAUAGUGCCUUUUGUAGAUACAGCUAAACACACAUCAUGCAAUACAAUGAACAAAACCAUGUCAAAGGUGGUGUUUUGUUGUUUUUGUUUUUUCCAAAGUGCAACUGACUGUGUAAAGCUUUUUUUUUAAAGAAAAAAGAAAAAAAGAAA